AUGAUACAAGUAUUAAAUACGAUAAACGGUUUUGUGUUAAAAGUGAAUUUAAAGUGGAACAAACUUGAUAAACAUGAAGAAGAGAAGGUUGGCCGACCGGCUUAUGGAGCGUUAGUUGAAAUAACUAUUCUGGAAUAUUCGACGUCGACUAAUACCGCUGCUUGGUCUGCUGCAGAGCUGUCACACCAAGAGUUCCAGGAGGUUCACUCCGUGCGCCCGCCACCGCCCCCGAUCUCCCCGACCGCCUACCCGGUGCAGCCAGGUGUUCGCGACAGUGCCACAGCAAUGGCGAUGCUGUGUCGAUCUCUACCACAAGACACCGUGUUCCCCACCUCACCAGCAUCUCCUGCGAAGGGAGUGUCCGCCUUUUCUCCGAAUUCCCCUGUCCUUUUAGCCUCACCCAGUAGACUCCCAAUGUCUCCAACAUCACCUAGCCGCAGGACGUUUGCGUAUUAUACUUCGCCGAGACGUUCUUUGACUCCGACCUCACCUACCUGCCACCGCAGGUCUCUGGGUUCGCCGAGCAGGCUGCCCUUGUCCCCCACGUUCCACAACCAUAGAGGUCCCAUGUCCCCAUCACGUAGAGCGGCCACGGUUCCCGCGCGUCGGGUCAAGUCACCACACAAGCCUCCAGUCAUCAUAUUAUCUCCUGCAGAUCAUGGCUCACCACCGUUGCGAGCUCCUACUGUGAUACCCAUGCGAUAA